AUGGUCUCGGAAGUGGAGAGAGGAGUGGCCAGGAUUGGUGGCACCCAGAGCACUUGCUCAGGAACCCAAAUGUGCCCAUGGGCCUGCAAAGGUUGGCAAUCCCUGGCUCAGAAGCAAGCUCUGCACCUGCCCCUCGAGCCACGCAAAGACUCGAGCAGGACAGACAUUGAAGACCAUGAGAUCAACAGGGAUCCCAGGCUCUUGCCUAACAUCUCAUUAGGAUACAACCUCUAUGAGAACUAUUUCGAUGCCAGGAUGACUUCCGAUGCCAUGUUGAACCUGCUUGCAGGUGGGCAGAGCAGCCUUCCAAACUAUAGUUGUGGAAAACGGAACAGCCUCUUGGCUGUUCUUGAAGGGACUGAUCCUGUAAUUUCAAAAGAGAUUUCAGCCAUCUCAGGCAUCUACAAAAUCCCACAGAUCAGUUUUGUUGCUCAGGUUCUUGAGGAUAAAACCCAGUUCUCUUUUGUCUACCGGAUGGUCCCCAAAGAGGAGGAACAGUGCCUGGGGAUUGUCAAGCUGCUCCUGCACUUCAGAUGGACCUGGAUCGUCCUCUUUAUUCCAGAUGAUGACAGUGGAGAAAGGUUUCUUCACCAUUUCCUGAGAGAAAUCCGGUUUCUGAACACUUCCGUGGGUGGGCUGCAUUUGGAUGGGAAGGGGAAGCUGCCAGCCACCUACGAUAUCGAGAACUGGGUGAUGUUUCCCAAUGAGUCUCGGACCGUCCCUCGCUCCAGGUGUACCAAAAGCUGUCCCCCUGGAUAUUCCAAGGUGGCUCGAGAAGGAGAGCCAGUUUGCUGCUAUGGUUGUGCUCCGUGUGCAGAAGGAACAUUCUCCCCUCAGGAAGAUGCAGAUCAUUGCACCAAAUGUCCAGAAGAUCAAUAUCCAAAUAAGGACCAAGAUCAGUGUAUCCCAAAGAUCAUAACCUUCCUGGCUUAUGAAGAACAUUUGGGGAUCCUCUUGCCUUCCUUUGCCCUAUUCUUAUCCUUAAUUACAGGCUGUGUGUUAGGAAUCUUCAUUAAAUUCCUUGAAACUCCAAUAGUGAAAGCCAACAACAGGGACCUCUCCUAUAUCCUUCUUGUCUCCCUCCUGCUCUCCAUUUUGUCUUCCUUCCUCUUCAUUGGCAGGCCAAGGAAACUGACCUGCCUUCUCCGACAAACGGCCUUCAGCAUCAUCUUCUCAGUUGCCGUCUCUUCUAUUUUGGCAAAAACCAUCACUGUGGUGCUGGCCUUCCUGGCCACAAAGCCAGGGAACAAAGCGAGGAGAUGGCUGGGGAAGAGUCUGGCCAACUCCAUUGUCAUUUCCUGUUCCAGUGUCCAAGUUGUCAUCUGCACCAUCUGGCUGGGCAUCUCUCCUCCAUUCCCAGAGUCUGACAAGCACUCCCAGCCUGCAGAAAUCAUCCUGCAAUGCAAUGAAGGGUCUGUUGCCAUGUUUUAUGGUGCCCUCGGCUACAUGGGCUUCCUGGCUGCCAUCUGCUUCAUGGUGGCUUUCAUGGCCAGGAAGCUGCCUGGGGCCUUCAAUGAAGCCAAGCUGAUCACCUUCAGCAUGCUGGUCUUCUGCAGUGUUUGGGUGUCCUUUGUGCCCACCUACCUGAGCACGAAG